AUGCCCAAAACAGAAACCCACACAAGCCCGCGCCGCAAAUUCCUCGCUUGCAACACAGUCCAUCUACCCGUACGGCCUCAUCUAACCCACCUACGCCGCCAUCUUCCCUUCUAUCCCGUCAAGUCAACCCUCUCGCUGUCGUCGAGCCCAACCUCCAAGAUGGAUUCCGCCAAGCAGCCUGUUAAGCUCGUCAAGGUGACUCGUGUUCUCGGCCGUACCGGCUCCCGUGGUGGUGUCACCCAGGUCCGCGUCGAGUUCAUGGAUGACACUUCCCGCAGCAUCAUCCGUAACGUCAAGGGUCCAGGUAUGCGAUUUCCGUUGAGCGAUUGA